GAAUCUGCUGGUCCUUCAAAUUUAUUUGAUAAAGAAAAUGCGGAAGAAGAAAAUCAUUUAUUGUUUGAUUCUGCGAAAGAGCGAUAUGAUAUGCAUGGGCAAUUUCGUGGGCUACUGCAGGACGACGGAAGUUUCUUCGAUGACGAAGUAACAUUGCUUGGUGAAGAAAAAAAAAAUGAAUUGUACUUUGUAUUAAAAAGCAAAUUUGGAUUCAGUCACUUCAGACAUAGGCAGAAGCAAGCUAUUGUAGCUGCUCUACUUGGAUAUGAUACGUUUAUUCUAAUGCCGACAGGAGCUGGUAAAAGUCUGUGUUAUCAGUUGCCAGCUGUUAUUUCGAAUGGAAUCACUGUCGUAAUUUCUCCAUUGAAAUCGCUUAUAGAAGAUCAAAAAAUGAAACUGAGGCAACUUGAGAUAAAUUGUUGCGCGUUAACAAGUGAUUUAAGCAUGACAGAAGUCGAAAGAGUUUAUGGUUUAUUAAAUGAAUCCACUCCAAAAAUCAGUCUUUUAUAUGUAACGCCAGAAAAAAUAGCAGCAUCAGAAAGAAUUAUGUCGAUAUUCUUAUCGUUACAUCGGAGAGGACUUCUCUCACGUUUUGUUGUUGAUGAAGCGCAUUGUGUUUCUCAAUGGGGACAUGAUUUUAGACCUGAUUACGUGAAGCUUAAUUCAUUGAGGAAGAUUUUCAACAAUCCUUUUGUGCCAAUAAUGGCGCUUACUGCGACAGCAACGCCAAAAAUCGUUACCGAUACCUGUGAUCAUUUAUCCAUUUCUAACAGCAAACUCUUUAUAAGUAGCUUCGUACGCGAAAAUCUAAAAUAUGAUGUAAUGCCGAAAGGACCUCGCUCUUUAUUUAAACUGGUGGAUCGGAUGAAGGCUUUAUAUCCUGGCAAAUCUGGAAUAGUCUACUGUCUUUCAAGAAAAGAUUGUGAAUUAGUCUCAAAAUCUCUAGAAAAUCAAGGUUUGUCAACGGCUGUUUAUCAUGCCGGCCUUGCCGAUAAGAAACGAUUGGAAGUUCAGACGAAAUGGAUUAAUAAUCAAAUUGAUGUAAUAUGCGCAACCAUAGCCUUCGGCAUGGGAAUUGAUAAACCUGAUGUUCGCUUCGUCAUACAUUUCAGUAUUCCCAAAUCUUUGGAGGGAUAUUAUCAAGAAACAGGUCGUGCCGGUCGCGAUGGCUUAACAUCAUAUUGUGCAAUACUUUACAGUUAUAACGAUUCAAUUCGUUUGCGAAAAAUGAUUGAAGGGGAGAAUAGUACAGUCGGCGUACGAGCAAUGCACUUAAGUAAUAUAAUGCAAAUUGUGGCCUACUGUGAAAAUGUCUCAAUGUGUCGUCGAAAAAUCCUCGUUGAACAUUUUGGCGAGGUUUACGAUGCUGAAGCAUGUAAAAGUGGUGCGACUCCAUGUGAUGUUUGUACGCAACAAAUCAGAAAUAAAAAUGCGUUUAAAAUGUUCGAUGUAACUGAAGAAGCGAAACACAUCAUACAAGGAUUGUUAAAAAUGCAAAAUGUUACUCUCAGAUAUCUUGCCGAACUUUAUCGAGGUCAAAUGAGUCAGAAAAAAAAUUCCGAUAUGGCCGUACGUUUUGGUCAUAUGCAUUUAUCGUUAUAUGGAAGAGGUACUGGAAUGCAGGAAAUGGACGCACUACGAUUAAUGCGAAAAUUAGUUAUUGAUGGAUUUAUUGAAGAGCGUCUUUAUAAUACAAAAUUCGAUACGACUGUCGCUUAUGUUGAACCGACUAUGAAAGGUCGAGAUCUUGUAAGCAAUAAAACUCGAACGAAGGUUAUAUGUUUAAUUUUUUCUAGUCAGUUUAGUUUUUUAUAUAUUUUUAUCACUAGAUAUAUGGUGAAGCAUGCAGAUCUCUUCAAAGAAUGUCGAGCAAAAUUAUUAACUUUGAUCAAUAAUAUCGCGAAUAAUGAAGGGCUAAAUGGCCAAGCGAUCCUUGGAUUAGAAGGUAUUGAACAAAUUGCUGCACUUAUGCCGAGAACAAAUUCUGAUCUGCUUCAAAUUGACGGAAUGACUAACCGCAAAGUUGAGCGAUUUGGGCCUCAAAUAAUGAAUCUUUUAAAAGAAUUCUGGAUGAAACUUGAUGUGCGUGAAGAAAAUGAAAUUCGAAGGCAACUAAACUAUAUGAAAGCUAAUGAUGAUAAAGUUGGGGGUUUUCAAAUUAUUCCAAGUCAGGCGAUCACUUCAACACCUUCACCAAUAAGUAAAAAUUUUGGUUUGUUUUCUUUUAUUAAUUGCAUUUUUAUUUCAACAGCAAAUAGCCAUUAA